UAAUCUGGCGGUGGUGGUGGUGGGUCUGUCUGGCUGAGGGCUCUGCAGGCUUCUCCCUCCCCGACCCUCAGUCUGGAUGAAGGAUGAGCUUCUCAGACGCAGACGUUGUCCAUCCCGCUGAUGCGCCCUCGUCUCAUCGCAAACUCUUGUGCACCCUCUGGUGCCUGCUCGUCUCCCAAACUUCUUUGUGUGAGCCCGCUCCGCAGAUUGUCUUCCUCGUCCGUGUGGUUGCUCAUUAUUCAGAGACAGACGGAUCUCAGGUCAUCUGCAGCUGCAGCGCGGAGGAGAAGCAGGAAAGAUGGCGAUCAUCCAUUAGAGCGACUGGGCGCACGCAUGAAAUACGAGGACAACUUUUGGGAGGAUCGCUCGAGGAGAAGACUGUACCAGUUCCCCUGAUUUUCCAGGGAGUGCUCCCUCUCUUUAGUGAUGGAGGUAUUGCAGUGUGAUGGCUGUGACUUCCGUGCCGAGUCAUAUGACGACUUAAAAACCCACAUUCAGGAAGUGCACACUGCUUUCCUGCAGCCUGCAGAUGCAGAUGAGUCCGACUCCCUGAAAGACGAGGAUGAAGACGAGGAAGAAGAGGAGGAAUUGCAGGAUAAGGAUGAGAGGGAUUAUACACCUUCUAAAGCUGGCACGAGCCCCAACUCUGCUGACAGUUUGAAUCAAACACCACAGAAGCAGACAGCUGAAACCCAUCUGCCGUUUUAUCAGUGCAAGUUCUGUGUCCGUUACUUCAGAUCAAAAUCGUUCUUAAGAAAUCACACCAAAAAAGUGCAUAAUCUUGCAGAGGACGAUUCAGAUGUGAGCGUCUCCUCACAGUCAGCAAAGCCGCCCAGCUACAACGUUAUAAUGCACAACGACCAUUCAAAAGUGUAUUCCUGUCAGUAUUGCACAUACAAGUCUCCGCGCAGAGCAAGGAUAAUGAAACACCAACUCAUGUAUCACAGCAAAGUUCCCUCAGAGAGCGCUGGAGAUCCCUCAGAAUACGCCGAGGCUGCAGAGGAAUCUGACGCAGCUAGUGCACUCGUGAAGGGAACGUUUGCCUGUGAGUGGUGUGACUAUCAAACAGACCAGAAGGACAGCUGGACUAGUCAUGUGGUGAAGGAGCACAGCGACAAGGUCAAGAUAGUUUCCUGCACUGCAGAGCCGGAAGGGGAGGCCAGUGGAAGUUCACCCAAACCAGAUUCUCCCUCCUCUUCCUCCCAUAGCCCGGCUAGAACAAAGAUCAGUUUUGCUGAUGUUCAUGGAAAGGAGGAAGAGGAGACAGGAGGAAAAACACCAGAACACACACUGGAAAAGUCAGUCCCAGAGAUCUCAUCCUUCCAGUAUGCACAGAUUAGUGCUGUCACACCAAACAGCACAGGUACAUCUAUUUUAUCCAAGAGGUUUGCUUCAUCCGAUGUCUCAAACAGCGUCGUAGAUAUGGAUGCCAACUUACUCAAUGAGGAAGACUCCAGGAGCAGCUUAGAGGAUGAUGAUGACGAAGAGUUGGGUGAUAUAGAUGAUCCCAGCUACACUGGAACCCUGUCAGCAGACGCAAAGCAGCUUUUAACGGACGAGGAUAACAAAUUACUGGAGACGAAAGGAAUACCUUUCAGAAAGUACAUGAACCGCUUUCAGUGCCCCUUCUGCUCCUUCCUGACCAUGCACCGGCGCAGCAUCUCCCGCCACAUUGAAAACAUUCACCUCUCUGGCAAAACCACAGUAUAUAAAUGUGAUGAAUGCCCGUUUAUUUGCACCAGCCCUCUAAAACUCGGCACACACAAGCAGAGCCACAAUUCCUCAGAUUUAGAGACCAUGGACCUGACAAGCGAUAGCCCAGAACCUCAGAAUGGCAGUGAAGGUUCAGUAAAUGGAGGCAAUGUCAGCUCCAAAGUCAAUGGAAAAAAGAUAACCAGCACACCAAACGACCAGCAGAACCCUCAUCGCUGCACGCUCUGCAGCUUUUCCACUACCACUCUGAAAGGCCUGAGGGUUCACCAGCAGCAUAAGCAUUCCUACUGUGAUGACCUAGAUCCCUCUGCCUUUGAAAGCCAGCUGACUGACCAGCCAGACUCUGAAGUGGAUGCUUCUCCAAUCUUUCUGCAAAAAACCCAGACCUCCAUUUUAGGACUUGCAACCAAAAAGCCCCUAGUAACAGGGAAAAGAGCCAGGAAGUCCAUUAACGACUUGCCUUUGGACUUAUCCUCAGUCAAGAAGAGAACCAGAAUUGAUGAAAUUGCCAGUAACCUUCAAAGCAAGAUAAGCCAAAGCCAACAGGACAUGAUCAUAAAUCUGGAUGACAUGGAUGAUGAAGAAACCGGAGAAAAUCACACCGGUGUUGAUAAAGAGGGCAGAAAUCAUGGCGUCAAAAACCCUGUUUUUGCCUUCAACACACAACAGCUUAAUGCAAGAGAAUCAAUGAUCUCUCACGAAAGAGGCAGGAUAGGGAAAAGAAAAAGCAACCCCAAGUCAAAACCUAGAAAUAUUCCAAUAUCACUGACUCUCUCAGAUGAUAGUGAGAACAUCUCUGCUGAUCCCAGCGACAGCGCAGUGCAAGAGAACGCUGAAUUUUCAGAGGAAACCGGAAUUGCACGUUUUUACUGUAAACACUGUGAUUACCACAAUAAGUCCGCUCGUAGCGUCAGCACUCAUUACCAGAGGAUGCACCCGUACAUCAAGUUCAGCUUUAAGUACAUCUUGGACCCAGAAGACCAGAGCGCGGUCUUCCGCUGCUUAGAGUGCUACAUUGAAUACACAAAUUACAACGAUCUGCACCAACACUACAUGGAACAUCACCCUGAGGCAAGCAAUGUGCUCAACUUUAACCAACCACAUCUGUUAUACUUGUGCCGCUUUUGUUCGUAUACAAGCCCAAAUGUCAGGAGCCUAAUGCCCCACUACCAAAGAAUGCACCCCACAGUGAAAAUCAACAACGCCAUGAUCUUCUCUAGCUAUAUAGUGGAGCAGCCACAAAAAACAGGUGAAUCGCAAACUCUGAGGGAAAUAUUGAACUCUGGCCCCAAGACGUUUAACUCAGCCACGUCAACGCCCAGGUCCUCCUCCAGCCCGGUGCCGAAAACUGUUUCCAAGACACCUGAAACUAGCGCAGAAGCCGACACCCUUAAAGAAGCUAUGGGUGGUAAUGUUGUUGUGUACGAUUGUGACGUGUGUUCCUUUGCUAGCCCCAACAUGCACUCUGUUUUGGUCCACUAUCAGAAGAAACACCCAGAGCAGAAGGCAUCGUAUUUCCGUAUACAGAAAACCAUGAAGGUCGUGUCAGUGGAUCAGUCACAACCUGCAGCCAACUCGUUUAACCUCAGCAUGUCUACAGCUCAAAAACAGUCGAACGCAGCACUAUAUGGAUCAGAUGAAGAAAUGUUCUACUGUAAACAUUGUGUGUACAGCAACAAAUCUGUUGUUGGUGUGUUAGUCCAUUAUCAAAAAAGACACCCGGAAGUAAAGGUGACGGCAAAAUAUAUCAAACAUGGCCCUCCCACUCCUGGGUUGAUGAAAUUAAUGGAUGAAUUACAAAUUGCGACUCCCAAACAAUUUUUGAAGCAGUUUCAAAAUAACGGUCACGAUGGAUCCAACAAUUCAAGCCCUAAACCAGGAAGUGGUGAUAAAGGUGAGGAUGAGCUGUUCUUUUGUCAGCACUGUGAUUAUGGCAACCGCACAGUAAAAGGAGUACUUAUUCAUUACCAGAAGAAGCACAAAGAAACCAAGGCCAAUGCUGACCUUGUACGUCGCCACACUGCGGUUGUCCGGAGUCAGCGUGAGCGCGCACAGAUGGUUCAGUCAGGUAGUGUCUCUUCUGCUGCCAUCCCAGCACCUCCUGACCCUGAAAAUACUACGACCCUGCGAUCCCUUAAGUGCAGACACUGUACCUACACAUCCCCCUACGUAUAUGCCCUGAAGAAGCAUCUGAAGAAAGAGCACCCCACUGUGAAAGCCACGGCCAUGACAAUUUUACACUGGGCUUACCAAGAUGGCAUUCUGGAGGCUGGCUAUCACUGUGAAUGGUGCAUUUACUCCCAUGCUGAACCCCAGGGCCUGCUGCUCCAUUACCAAAGACGCCAUCCCGAGCACAAUGUUGAUUACACGUACAUGGCCAGCAAGCUAUGGGCCGGGCCAGAAACCUCCCAGCAACCAGGGGGCAAUAUGGAAACUAAACAUUACAAAUGCAGAGACUGUGCUUUUGAGGCCUGUACAAUAUGGGACAUCACCAGUCACUACCAGGCGGUCCACCCCUGGGCCAUCAAAGGGGAUGAAUCUGUGCUUUUGGAUAUCAUCAAAGGGGAUGGCUCAGCUGAAAAGAUCCACCAGCAGGUUGCCGAAGAACACGAAUCUUUCAAUUGUCAGUCUGUGGAGGAUGAUGGAGUGCUGGCCAUUGCCACACAACAUCAAGAAAGCAAUCCUCUUCCUCCCCACCCACGUCUUUCCAUCUCUAACAAUCCUUAUCAGUGUACUGUAUGUCUGUCAGAGUACAACAGUCUCCAUGGCCUCCUCACUCACUAUGGAAAGAAGCACCCAGGCAUGAAAGUAAAAGCUGCCGAUUUUGCACAGGAGGCUGACAUCAACCCUAGUUCUGUGUAUAAAUGUCGCCACUGUCCUUAUGUGAACUCUCGCAUCCAUGGUGUCCUAACUCACUAUCAGAAAAGACACCCUUUAGUGAAAGUCACUGCAGAAGAUUUUGCAGAUGACAUAGAGCAACUAACUGAUGGAACUGAAGGAGAGGACAAGUGCAAAACCCAAAGGCAGGGUUACGGCGCGUACAGAUGCAAAAUGUGUCCGUACACGCACGGUACACUGGAGAAGCUUAAAAUUCAUUACGAGAAGUAUCACAAUCAGUCGGCCUCUCAUAUGUUCACGCCCUCGCUUACACAUUUCUCUUCUGGUAAGGACACAGAGCCAGUAGCAGAAUGCAGCGCUAGUAAUAUAUCAAGUUCUGCAAAAGUCCAGGAGGUCAGUGAAUUAGACCUUGCCCUCUCUAAGUUACCCAUCAACAAGACAGAAAAACAUGCUAUAUUCAAGUGUCAGCUCUGCAAAUACUUCUGCUCCACCAGGAAAGGCAUUGCUCGACACUACCGCAUCAAACACAACAACGUCCGCGCUCAGCCUGAGGGUAAAAACAAUGUCUUCAAAUGUGCUCUGUGUGCAUACACAAAUCCUAUACGCAAAGGCCUGGCAGCACACUAUCAGAAGCGCCAUGACAUCGAUGCUUAUUACACCCAUUGUCUGGCUGCGUCCAAGACCUUAAGUGAAACGCCUUGCAAAGUGAUCGCACCCCCAGUAGCAGAGCCAGAGAAUUCAGAAAUGAGUGAAGACCUGCGUUUGGCUGUGGAGAGUCGACGGUGUUCUCUUUGUGCCUUCCAGGCUUUCAGCAGGAAGAGCAUUGUCUCACAUUACAUUAAGCGCCAUCCAGGUGUCUUCCCCAAGAAGCAGCAUGCUAGCAAGCUCGGUCGCUACUUCACCGUUAUCUAUGCCAAAGAACCGGAGAAGAUUCCUGACAGUGCAGCGGAAGAGGAAUACAAGGAGGUGCUGGACGUUCCGCUGGAGCCCGAGCAAGACGAAGACGCUGAAUGGCUGCCAUUCAAGUGUCUAAAAUGUUUCCAGUUGUCCUUCAGCACGGGCCAGCUGCUCUCUAUGCACUACAACGACCACCACAGCACAGACCUGAAGAGGGACUUUAUGAUGUCACCGGGCCCUGGGGACGAGGACUCUGAGUUGUACCAGUGUUCUCACUGCGAGCUGAAGUUCCUGGCUCUCCCGGCUCUGGCCAGGCAUCUGCUGAAUCACAACGAGGAGUUUCACAAGAGGGCCAUGAGGAUGGAGCGGAGGAAGCAGCUUGUCUGCAAACAGAAGAGCACAGAUCUACCUGACACCAAACCUGAGGAGAGUCCUGCAAAUAAAGCCCCCAUAGGAUUCAGGUGUAACUUCUGCGUUGAAGUGCACUCCACCCUCCGAGCCAUCUGCAACCACCUUAGGAAGCACGUCCAGUAUGGAGAGGUCAAAGAAGGACACUUCAAGCAGGAGGUCGCUGAGGUCCCCCUGACCCUGCCCACAGAGAGCCUAACUAAUGGCGACCUGGAGGCCGAUGAAGCAGCUGAAGCCGAUGACCUCGAGAGACCCGAGGCUGCAACGAUGAGCCCACCUUUGAUUUCCGCUGCCUCUGGUGGUGAUGCUGCUACCACGGAGAUGGUUGAUCCGGAAACAGAUGCCGUUGAAGGAAGCGAGGCGGCCCUCACUGCCGUGGUGACUGAGGACCAACUGAAGCAGCGGUUGACUGCGGGGGGUCACCCAUGUGCCCAGUGCGACCGAGUCUUCAUGUCCAUGCAGGGACUGAGGUCCCACGAGAGGAGCCACUCAGCCAUGGCACUGUUUAGCAGAGAGGACAAAUACAGCUGCCAGUACUGCCAGUUCGUCUCCCCCUUCAGGCACAAUCUGGACAGACAUGUGCAGUCUCACCACGGGCACCACAAGCCCUUCAAGUGCAAACUCUGCCCCUUUAAAUCUGCCUACGUGAGUCGCUUGAAGAGCCACCUGCAUAAGACACACACAGGCGAGCAGCACACAUACAAAUGCCUGUCGUGCCCCUUCUCCUCCAUGACCAUCAGCCAUCUGAAGGAGCACUCUCUGAGAGACCACGGCGAGGCCCUGACCCUCCCCAAACUGAGGGCUGCUACCCAGGCUGCUCAUGCCACCCUCAGGGCCUCCCGGCUGGCCAGUUCCACAGAGCAGACUCCGCUGGCCUCAGAUGAUCCAUCCUACCUGGAGACGGCCGAUGUUCGUCAGCAGCUGAGUCAUUACCAGCUUGCUUCCCGCAGUCACAUGUCCUCUGGCUCAGCCCCUGGCGGCUCGACAGUGGGCGACAAUCGACCAGACGGCAUCCUCACUUGUGAGUUCUGCGAGUUCAGCUCCGGAUACAUGCAGAGCCUUCGCCGGCACUACAGGGACCGUCACGGCGGCAAGAAGCUCUUCAAGUGCAAAGACUGUUCCUUCUUCACCUGCUACAAGAAUAACUUCACCAUGCACGUGGAGGCUGGACACAACAACAGCGUACCUGAAGACAUCCCCAAAGACCUGCGCUGCCCUCUCUGCCUCUACCACACCAAACACAAGAGCAAUAUGAUCGACCACAUCGUCCUGCACAGAGAGGAGCGCGUGGCUCCGCUGGAGGUCAGCCGCUCCAAGCUGUCGCGCCACCUCCAGGGCCUGGUGUUCCGCUGCCACAAAUGCACCUUCACAUGCUCCAGUGACCAGGCCCUGCAGCUGCACCUGCAGAAGCACGCUGAGAUCAAGCCUUACCAGUGCCAGCUCUGCUAUUAUGACAGCAGUCGCCGGAGUCAGCUGGAGGAGCAUCUCCGCCUCGAGCACAAGGUUAUCCGCAACUUUGAGCUGAUGGGCCGCGUCAACCUGGACCAGCUGGAGAUGAUAAAGGAACAAGGGAGCAGCGCGGAGGAGGAAGAGGAGAGAGAUAUGAUGCGGAUGGUCGUAGACGGAGACUUGGCUGCAGAGGAGGAGGAUGAGCUUUAUGAUGACGAAGGAUUGGAAAUUAUGGAAAACUUAAUGGCUGAGCAGAGAGUGAUGGAUGAUGACGAGAUGGAGGACAACAUCAAAGAAGAAGAGGAGGAGGAGGAAGAAGAGGACAUUAAGGGGAUGGAGGAAGAAAGGACUGGCCUACAAGACGUCCUUGCAUCUCCCUCCAGCAGCAGCAGCAGCAGCAGCUGUGGGCCGAGCGGUGUAGAGAAGCGUCUUCCCUGCGAGUUCUGUGGCCGCUGCUUCACCGACAGCCUCGAGUGGGAACGACACGUCCUUCGACAUGGCAUGACGGUUAACAGUCAGAUCGACACCAGCGCCACCUCAGCAAUAGAGGCCUCCGCUUCAUCUUCCACUGGCUCCUCUGUCCUGAUGGACACAGGCCUGGACCUUUCCGGCAACAGAACAGAGGAAGGAAACCCUGGUGAUCUAUCACUGAGAAGUCAAAGCCUGUUUAUGGAGGACAAUGAAAUGCUUGACACCAAAAAGGAUCAACAGUUUGCUUGAACAGAUUGUGGCCUCUUGGGAUAUUGUUCUAGAAAAUGAUAACGUUGGGUAGGAUCAACACUGAGGAAACAAAAAAAAGAUUGAAAUGGAAAAAAAAGUGACUUCUUAUGAGUUGGAACAUUAUUAGAUUUUAGACGUUACAUAUAUACGUAUUAGGUUGUGCUGCAUUAAAAUGACUGAGCUCUUUAAAUGAGCGGUCCCCUAGGACAGAUCUUAAUAUAUUGGUAACCAAUAGUGAACAGAACUCUUUAUUGCUGACAUUCUGGUCAAAUCUACAGUGAACGAUCCCACCUAGAUAAAAAUCGAGCUAUUUAUAAAUAACUUUGUCAAAAAUGAUAAAACUAAAUUUAAGCAUUUUAUUAUUGAAAGCACCUUUUACACUCCCCCUGCCCAUCCAAAACGGGGUUACUGUAAAUUGACCAAGAAGAAACAAACAAGAUGAUGAAAGCAUUUACAGCCGUGGCCCCAGUGUCUUUGUUUGUUGUUGAAAAUGUUAAACUUAUUUCAUCUUAGCCUUGUGUUAAAUGUGUAGAAGUAUUCCUUGAGGAAGAGUCGCACCUUAUCUAUUUUAGCAAAAUGCUUUAUUCAUUCGUAAAAUUACCGACACUUUCCCCUGAUGUUUGUAGCAAAUUGCUAUAUUUUCGGUCCCUUAAUAUUAUACUGCGUAUAAGCCUUCAGCCUGUGGCACCUUUAGUAUUUUUUUGUCUAGUAAUUUCACUUAAAACGAAAUAUUGGAAAUUCUGGUAAUACUGUAAAAUGUCAUUUUCCUUGUUCGAUACCAUGUUGUUUGUGAUCCAGGUUACCGGAUGUGAGACAUUGCAGAUCAAAAUAACGACAGAGAUAUGUUGUAUUGUGACUGCAACCGUAUGAGGUAUCCGUUAUGAGGUAUCCUGGAACAUAAACACAGGUUUUAUAACAGUAGUGGCAUCUUGACCAAGAGACAGAGAUUAGCCUUGUCUUUUCAGAGCAAAACACUGGAUGUGAUGGGAUGUGCCAGAAUCCAGUUCAUCUAGUUUAUCCACACACUUUUAAAGGUUCAGUGUGUAUAAUUUAGUGACAUCUAGUGGCGAAGUGUCAUGUUGCAGCUGAAUAACCCUCGCAACACCCUCCCCUUCCAAACAUGAAGGCUUCAUUUGUCCAGUUUGGGCUACUGUCAAAAACAUGGCGGCGUCCGUAGAGAGGACCCGCUCCCGAUGUAAAUGUACAAAUAUUUAAAUAUAAAGGGCCCAUUCUAGGGUAAAAAAAACAACAAUUCGUACAAUUUAUAUGAUCACACACUAGCGAAAACAUCACUACGAUUAUUUUAUAUUAAAUUUCCGCCCAAUAGAGUCCUUUCAUCUAAAUCUUUCACACUGAACCUUUAAUGACUUUUAAUGGUUAAGAGAGAUCUGUGAUCCAUAUGGUGUAUACCUCUGGGUGUGGGAUCAGACCAUGUCUGAGUGCUGAAGCCAGCAUGCAAGUGCCUUAAAAUGCAGUUCCACUAAUGGCCACGUGAUGGUUUUAUUUGCUUUAAGAAAACAGUCCCAAAUUGUGUCAGGUAACGAGGAAAAUAUCCAGCUUUUCAGCCCAGGUACACCUGCUUCCUCUCACUGUCCAAAAACAUGCGGCUUAGGUGAAUUGGAGACUUUAAAUUGACUGUGGGGGUGAAUGGUUGUUUGUCUCUGGACAUUGGCCCUGUGAUACACUGGCAACCUGUCCAUGGUGUUUCCCUCCUCUUACCCAAUGUCAGAUGAGAUUAGCUCCAGUUCCCCCCCUGUCCCUCAAAGAAUAAAUGCUAAAGAUAAUGGAUGGAUGGAUGGUAGAAAAAUUUAAUGCCAGUGGAAGUGAAUAGAAUUGAAUUUGUUAUACUCAAAAAAUGUUAAGAUGUAGUGACUUUUAUUGGAACUCUCUUUUACCAAAUGAAAAUCCAUGUGACAAUGAGUUGAUGUUUAUAGCCAUGUUUGCUUCCACUCAGCCCUCCAAAAAGUAAUGAUGCUGCAGACAUGGUCACGUUAUUCAUUCACGAGUGAUAGGUUACACUGAAAAGACAAGUCUGACUCGGUCAAAAGGCCAAUAAAAUCAUUGGUUUCCACAUAUAUUGAGUAUAUGUGCCACUUGGACACUCUGUUGAUGAUUGACUUUUCUAAAGGUGUCAAAUCCCCCGAACGUAAACCCCUUUUAAAUUCUCACCCUGUAUCGACUCAAGUGUCCCAGCCUGCGUUCUUGUGCACUUCUUUUGAGACAAAAGUCAUCAUGUUAGUGUUAAUAUUGACAAAAGGCAGAGAUUGUAUUUGCUGGAAUUUGCUGCUUGAACGCCCAUAAGCCUUAUAAGAAGUGAAGAGAAAUUAAGUCAAAUUCAUACCCAAUUCCAAUAUGACCAAUUAGCAACGUUUAAAUGACAGAUAGCCUAAAACUUGUAGAGGAGCACGGUUGAUCUAGUCGUGUUCUUGGUACCAAAAUAUUUACCAAGUCUGCUGUGUUUGCUGCUGUGAUUGUCUUUCCUGAGCAUUAGAUGGAAAUGGGAAAUCUGGGUUUGGGCCAUGGAGUUUUAGAAUUAGAGUUCUAUGCGUGGAACCCAGGUAAACUACAUGUUUGCAGCCAUGUAUAGGAAAACAAAAACUACUCGUUAAGUGUUUGAACUGUGGUGUUUCAGAAAGGAUACUUAAACCCUUUUUUUCCUUUAGGUGUUCUUGCUUUAAAAAAAAGAGAAAAAAAAGAAAUCUUAAAGAUGAUAGAUAACCCUCCGGGGCUUUUUGAGUCCCCAAUCCAACAUUAUUAAGCUGUUGUACAAUGUCUGGUUACAAUGAAAAAUAUCUCCUUUUUUGUACUGUAAUGGGAAUGAGCAGAUGGGAAGAGAAGUGUGGUUGUAGGAUAUUUAAACACAUGAAGGAAAAUGAUGCAGUUCUCUGAAAAUUAAUAGCCAGGGCUUUUAUUUUGAAAAAGAAAUGCAUGGCGAUGUAAGAGACGAGAAAAAAUGAGUUCCUCUGGGAGCAUUUUCUUCAACUGCUUGGACUUUUUCUGUGCUCGGCCAACAUCUGAGUCGACGGUGGACCUAUAGAUCCCUCUGAAAUCUAGCGUACUCAUGUCUAAUCUCAAAUCUGACGCUCCAGUCUCUUUUAUCCAUGGCCUGUGAGGGCAUCAGCCCGUUCAAAGGAGGCCUACCCUUAAGUCUACACUGUCAACAAAAAGAGGGAGUGCAGCAGCCACAAUCUGCUCCUCAGUCCUGUUUAUUACCUUAAAAACCAGUUCAGUUGGUGCUGAGUCUCAAAGACCCUUUCUUUCUGUUUUACAGGACCAGCUUGUAGCUCUUUGAAAGUUAAACUGUUUGAAACUGUUGUUGUAGUAAUAAGCUUUGUACGGCAGCUUGAAAACCCGGUGUAAACCAGACGAUAAACUGGUUCAGUCUGGGUAAUGAAGCUGUCAUCCCAAAAUUAUUUGUCGUUCUGUGAUCAUUUUAAUAGAACAUGGCUAUGAAUCCCUCACUGUGUGCAGUCCAUAGACUGUAAUACCCCCAGUUUACCCAAAGUUAAACCCCUGCUGACAACACACUGGAUACUUGUAUAUAUGUUUAGUUUCUUUCUGAUGCAUUUCUCUUUUCAGACUGUUGUCUCCAUAGUUUGACACUAGAAUUUCUCCUUCUUGCCUUUCUUCCCAUAUAAAUCUGAUUACCUGAUGGUGGGUUGUGAUGUUGCCUAGAAUGAUUGUUUACAAUUUUAUUCCAUUUAUCUCUGGAUAUUCUGUAAAUAUUGUAAUUCAUUGUCUUUUUUUAACUUGAUAAUAAAGUUAUCAGAUAAUGGUU